AUGGCCCCUAUAGUUAGAAGGAAUAGAAAAUUGAUACCGUUGUCGUUGAUCUUUACAUUUUUCCUGUUCUAUAUAAUCAACGAAAACACAAAGACUUUGUAUUACCAGCAAGUAUCGUUUUCUAAUUGGAAAAAUAAUCAGAUCCCUAUAUCGACGUCUAACUUGUAUGAUAAGAAUAAUCCCUUAGCAGCUCUGGAUAAUUCGUCCAAUAAUUUUAGGGAUAACUUCUACACUUUUAUGUUUAGUGCUAUAGCGAGGGGUAAGCCAGUCAAUCCUUCAGUAAAAGAUUUGAAACAAUCAAAGAGAUCAGAAUGUAAAUUAGAAUCAGAUAUUUCCAUGACUGAUAAUUCUCCAGGUUCGUUAUCGAGAGUAUCUUUCAAUAGUUUAUUGAAUUGUUUAUCUAUUUCACGUCCCCAAUUGGAUAACUUGAAAUAUGUUCAUUCCAAUUUCAUUCAGUUGUUAGAGGCAAAAAUGUCUGAAUUAACAAAACCGGAAUUCCUUGAUCAAAUAUUCCCCAACGGUAGAGGUAUUGUCACCAUUGGAGGUGGGAAGUUUUCUGUCUUGGCUAUGAAUGUUAUUAAAGUGUUAAGAAAGACAGGGUCCACCUUACCUGUAGAAGUUGUUAUUCCUCCACAAGAUGAAAAAAAUGAAGUUGAUUUUUGUAAUAAUUUCUUACCAAAUUAUAAUGCAAAGUGUGUCUUCUUUAAGGAUGUUCUACCAAAACACUAUGCUGAAAACUUACGUUUAAAGGGUUAUCAAAUUAAAGUCAUGGCUCUUUUGAUAUCAAGCUUUAAAGAAAUCAUCUUUCUAGAUUCAGAUAAUUAUCCUUUGAAAUCCCUAGACCAUGUAUUCGACGCAGAUAUUUAUAAAGAAGCAGGAUUGAUUCUCUGGCCAGAUAUUUGGAGACGUGUCACGAACCCAAUGUAUUAUGACAUCGCAAACGUUUCUGUAGAUAUCAAUCAAAGAGUUAGAUACGGUACAGAUGAUAUUUCUCCACCAAAUAGAUACACCAUUCCUCGUGUCCAUAAAAAUAAUGAAAAAGAAAUCGAAAAUAAAAAUACCAUCCCAUUCCAUGAUCUUCUUGGAACUGUUCCUGAUGCUUCCACUGAAUCAGGUCAAAUGAUCGUUAAUAAAGCUAAGCAUCUAGAUACAUUAUUAUUAGCCGCAUAUUAUAAUUUCUAUGGUCCAGCUUGGUACUAUAGAUUGUUUUCACAGGGAACUGCAGGUGAAGGUGAUAAAGAAACUUUUAUUUCUGCUGCUCAUACCCUAAACAAGCCAUAUUAUCAAGUCAAAUCAAAAGUCGGGUUCGAUGGGUUUUGGGAUUCCAAAUUGGGCUUCCAAGGUAUCAUGUUAUUACAACAUGACUUCAUUCAAGAUUACGAACAUUAUUCAAAGGCUAAAAAUCAAGUCAUCGAUCACUAUGACGAUUAUUAUCAUUUCAAAUCAGAUUAUAACUUGGAUAGAGAUUUCUAUGACAAUCUGAUCCAUGAAAAGGACAUCAGCAUCAUGUUUGGUCACACUUCAUUCUUCAAAUAUGAACCCUGGGUGUUGUAUCAUGAACGUAGAUAUAUCGAUCACGAAACUCAACAACAUGUCCGCGGUUUAAGAUCAAUUGGUAGAGCCUUAGAUUUCGAUUUGGAAUUGUUUUGUUUCGAUAACUUAUUACAAACGUUAUGUAAAGGCAAUGCAAAUGACAAAUCUUCAAUUCGUUUUGCAUUCUACAAAGAUAUCCAAGGUACUCCAUUAUGGGAUUCUAUGUGUGAAUAUUUGGAUAAUAGAGUGUCUUAUCUACAAAAGAAUCCAUUCACAGGCAAUUAG